GGGUUUCUGUCUUUUUUCAGUGCACCCAUAGUGGGUGCUUUAUCAGAUGUCUUUGGCAGGAAGGUAUUUUUAUUGUUGGCAGUGAUUUUCACCUCUUCUCCUAUUCCACUUCUGAUUUUUAACAAAUGGUGGUACUUUAUAAUGAUCUCAGUGUCAGGUGUGUUUGCUGUUACCUUUUCUGUUUCAUUUGCCUAUGUAGCAGAUGUUACUGAAGAACAAAAAUUAAGUUUUGCUUAUGGUUUGUUGUCUGCUACAUUUGCAGCCAGCCUAGUCAUUAGCCCUGCUUUAGGAUCUUUCCUCUCACAGACUUACAGUGAUAACCUAGUGGCAGUGCUGGCAUCAGCCAUAGUACUGAUGGAUAUCAUCUUUAUUCUAGUAGCAGUACCAGAAUCCCUACCAGCCAAACUUCGACCUGGGUCCUGUGAUGCUAAAAUUUCAUGGGAGCAAACUGAUCCUUUUUCUGCACUUCGGAAGGUUGGGAAAGAUAAGACUAUCCUAAUGCUGUGUACAACAGUGUUUCUUUCUUUCCUGCCAGAAGCUGGCCAGUUCUCAUGUUUUUUUGUUUAUCUCAGAUUAGUAAUGGGUUUUUCAGCUGAAGAUGUUGUAUUAUUCAUUGCAGUUGUUGGCCUUCUCUGUUUAUUUGCACAAACAGUUAUUUUGCAAAUGCUAAUGAUGACACUGGGGAGUAAAAAUACCAUCAUGGUUGGAAUAUUUUUUGAGUUGCUUCAAUUGAGUUGUUAUGGCUUUUUUUCACAGAGGUGGAUUAUGUGGGCAGCAGGAUGGUUUCUUUCAAUGUGCAGCAUUACUUACCCAGCCAUCAGUGCUUUUGCAUCAACAUCUACUGAAGUUGAAAACCAAGGAGUGGCCCAAGGAAUGAUCACAGGAAUGAGGGGGCUGUGUAAUGGACUGGGUCCUGCUAUUUUUGGAUUUAUCUUUUAUCUCUCUGAUGUGGACUUAAACAAAGAAGCCUAUUUGAAACCUUUUGAGGCUCAGACGGGGGAAGCAUCAAAUUUUACUGGUGUGUCAAAUCCUGAGCUAGUCCCUGGACCACCUUUUGUACUUGGAGCUUGUCUUGUGAUGAUUGCUCUUCUAGUUACUGCUUUUAUUCCAGAAUCUCAACCAUUCAUCAACUCUGAACACUCUUCAACAUAUCAACAAACUUCAGCUCCAUUGACAACCACUACCAGUGAUUCUUGUCUCCACUACCAAAAACCCUUUUUGUAGUAAUUCAUUAUAGCCUUUUAACAUACAUUAGGUCUGAAUUAUAUUUGGAAGGGAUAACAUAAGAAUUUGUAAUGUACAAUGAAAUUAUUAUUAA